UACGAUACGAUGACGAUACUUACGGAAACCGGAAACGGUUGCAUUUUAUUGGGCUCGUUAGAUGAUGCGCAAACAAUGAUAUCCCGAGCCAUUUCACCGCUAUAAAAGAGACCAUCGUGUAGGCGGCUACGAUUAUUUCGUUUAAUUGGUAGAAUUGGUUGUGUGGUGAAAUUGAAGCAAAAAAUGGCUGCUGUAAAGCUAAGCUUUGUGGGAUUGAUUUUGAUUGGAAGUGUUCUGGUAGUCAGAGCUUGUAACAACGGCUACGAGCUGAUAGUACACAAAAUCGAAAACUGCGAUGGAAGCGUUAUCACAAUCGAUCCCAAGUCUACGGUUACCCUUACGGAAGAUUGCAAGGUAAAAUCCAAGUCCACUGUCACCACAACGGGUUUCAAAGAUGCAGAGAUGACGGUGAAGUUGUCCAAAAACGGCAUCCCGGUGAUGCAGGAGAAGAUGGAUCUGUGCAAUCUGAUGGAGGAUUCCAAGAACAACAAGGAAGCGGCGGAAAUCAUGACAAUGUUUGGAGUUCCGGAUGAAUGUCCGGUGGCAGCUCAGGAGAUCAAUACGAACGAGAGCCAGGAGUACAGCUUGGAGAAGUACAAACAGCACCUGAUGAUGGCUGAGGGCAAGAUUCUGGUGGAUUGUCACAUCAAGCACGAUUCAGGAGAGAGCUGCGCCAAAAUUAAUUUGGAAGUCAAAAAGGCUGGAGGAAUGCUUGGAUAAGCCACUUAACAAAUUGCUCUCAGUACGAUGAUGAAGACGGUCAAUCAAAAUUUGAAUGGCCACUUGCAGUUUACGUUUGAAAUAAAACUUUUUUGGAUUUUGCGCCGACA